CUCUCGCCAUACAUCAAAGUACAACAACAAAUACAAAAUGUUGUCAAUUUAGAAUAAGCUUAUUAGUGAGUCAAAUCUUUUGAUUUUAGUUCGUUUUGACUUGACAAACUCGCAAAAAGUAAACGAAAUAAAUUUAUGUUAUUUUUUUCCGCAGAGUUGUGCCAAAGUGAAACUACCUUUUUCAUUCAAAGCUGGACAUAAUUAAGAAAUGGACAUAUUUAUACGGUGGUAUUAGCUAAGGAUACGUUAUAAUUGACUUUUAUGAUACCUAGGCGAAUUUGGAAAAUAAUUUUGUCAACACCUUUGACAAGUUGCUGUCAAUAACUGAAGAUAUAUUAGUGAUUGGUGAUAGUUAGAAAUAUUUUGGAUGUGUUGAGCAGAUAAUGAGCAUUACAUGUAUACAUCCCGGGGGCCGGCGAGGGUCGUAACCGCAUUGGACAUCAAUCAGUUGUCACUGAAGGUGAUUGUUGUACAUAACGAAAACACGUUCCAUAUUGACAGGUACUAAUGAUUUGGAUGAGUUACUGAUUACUUUAUUUGAAAACAAAUUUCUAAACAAAUUUAUCUUCUGUGCAAUUUUUCAAGAGUGGAGUGAAACAAAUUCUUAAAAAAACAAGUGCGGAAAAGAAUCGCGGAGCCAAAACAUUUUGGAUAUUUGGAUUUAAAGACUGCGUCCAGUGUGUAUAGAUAGUUGGGACGGAAUAAUUUUUUAUGUUUUAUUGACCACCUUUAAACGAAGGCGUUGGAAACAAAGCUGGAUUUCCGCCACCCAAUCACGUUACCAAUGCUGCGUAUAUUACCGCCGCCGUGGGAUUUUCGCAUGAUGACGACGGCGAACGGCGGACACGACGGCAGCAGUUAUUGCAGCGAUAAGUAUGAACCUUUGCGAAAAUUGUCUAUGGUGCAAGUUCAGCCACCACGGAACCCGAACAAACCUUUCACAUCUUUUGGAAUAAAUGAUAUUUUAAGUCCAACUAAUGGUUGUAAAUCAAGUGUUCAUCAUCAAAAUCCGCGACAUUCAAAUAAAAACUCUUCAGAGAAGAAUCUCAGCAAUGUUCAUUCACGUCAUUCACUUUCAAAACAUGACAAUUCUAGAACUACCCGAACGCCCGUGCCGAGACAUGGUCACCAUAAACAUAGAACAAAUCAACCAAGCAAUCCGCAAGUUGGUCUGGCGGCGUCUUCGCGGAUUGUACGACCGUGGGAUGCUUCACCGACUCCCGGUAGAAAUUCCGAGGCUUCGUCGGAGGCGGACGAAGAGGAAAUAAAUGUUGACGACGACGAAGAGGAACCGUCGGGAACCUCGUUAAGUCUGAAAGAUGUAUCACCUCUUGAUGCGCUGAUGGAAAUGGCGAACAAAACUUUCCAAGGACUUGAAACGUCCGAAGCGGCCGAUGCGAAGAGACGAGAACAGGCUGCAAUGUUUGGUAAACACGCGAAUCCAAAGAAACGCCGGAAGUCGAGAACAGCGUUUACAAAUCAACAAAUUUACGAGCUUGAAAAAAGAUUUUUAUACCAAAAAUAUUUAACGCCUGCUGACAGAGAUGAAAUUGCCCAAAAUCUUGGUCUUACGAACGCACAAGUAAUUACAUGGUUUCAAAACAGGCGGGCAAAAUUAAAACGUGACUUGGAAGAAUUGAAAAAUGACGUAGUAGCAACCAAACAACUUUCAGUGUCCGGAUCGUCUGACCACGAUUUAAGCAUAGAUUCCGACUCGGAUUCGCCAGAUACAUACACGCGCCCUGCCCAGCAUAGCUCGCCAAAACGAUCCCGAAGUGAGAGUAGAUCUCCCGAACCAGGACAAAUUGUGCCAGUAACACUUUACAAAGACACCGGUGCUGAAGUUAGAAGCGAAUCAGCGGAUGAGAUUGUAGUUGACGAUAAAGAUGAAUUUGAAAAGAAAGAAUCAUAGCUGCUUUAUAUUAAGGCUAAGAAAAACCUCCAAAAAACGUUUGAGUGAUUAAAGGUCAAAUAGAGCUGAAAACUGUAAAAUAAAACUAUGAUAAUUCAGCAAUGAUAACAUUUAAGAUAUCAUUUAAGGAAACACACAAAAAAAAUGAAACAACUCGACUUGGCUGAAUGCAGCUUACCACUACAAACGUAUUACGUUGCGUUCAUUCAGAAUAAGAGAAUAAGACAUAAAAUCUUUGUGAUAAUUUACUAUUUUUGUUAAAUAGUCACACACGUCUCGAUACACAGGGUAUACUUUACAGAGUGUCAUAUAGUAACAUAAUGUGCUUAAAUUGUAAAAAUGAUUGAAUGAUUGAAUUUGACAGAGUUAUUUCCAUUAUAGAUUUACGUUUAAAUUUGCUUUGCGCGAGUUUUCAGCAACAUAUUUUUCGUUUAUGGUAAAUGUGUUUGGUGAAAUUAUCGUUCUGUUAAUGCUAUUAAGACCAUUCUAAUAUUUAGGAGGGGAAAAAAGAAUGGAAUAGAAAGUGCAUUUGAAAAAUUAAAUAAAAAGCCACUAUUUUUUAAAUACCUUUAUUAAACUUUUUAUUAAUUUCGUUUAUUUUAUGCCGUUUGAUAAUUUAAUUUGAGAGUUUGAAUUUCCUUUGUUUGUAAAUGACUUUAUGAUACCUAAUAUAAAUUUGGUUUUAUUUAGUCUCGAAGGAUUUCAAGUUGGGAAAAUUGUAAAAAAGAAUUGAAUUUGUAUUUCAAUGCCCAAAUAGAAUAAUCGUAUAUAGAACAAUAAGGGUGAAAUAUACUUACUUAGAGUCAUUAUACAAUUGUUUAAGAAACACGAAGACCUUUGUCAGUCAUUAUUUUGCAUAAUAUCGCCACCCCCAAAUUUAUCUGUACAAUGUACAAGCAUAAUUAUCUCUGUUUUUAAAGAUAAAAGUGUAAAAAAAGGUUCUAAAAUUGAAUUUAAACGUUUGUUUUAAGUUUUCUUUCAAAUGUUUCUGUGUACAUGUAAAUAUCUAUCUCUGUUUAAUCAGAAAUUGUUAAUUUCUCUUAAUUGGAAGAUUUGUAAUUCAAUUUUUACAUGAUUUACUUCAAUCUAAAUAUUUAUUACAUCAUAAGAUUAUGACAAUUUUGAUAUUACGUUUUACUUAUUUUACAUAUGUAAUUAUAUUUACGGAUAACCAAAAGAAAAUUGGAUUUUUUUUUAU